AUGCAGCAACAAAUAAUGGAGCAACCUGAAGAGGAGCUGAAGGAGCAAUUGCAGACAAUGGAGGUACAAAGAGAUCGAGCAGUUGAUGAACAGAGAGAGAUGAAAAAGGUGGCAGAUGAGGCCAACAUGAGGCUUAGUGAAGAAUUGUCAACUCAGGAGGGAGAUGGGGUGCAUUCGGAAUUGAAUUGGGUGAAGGAUUUAUUGUCUGAUGCAAGGCAAGAUUUGAAGAGUAAAGAGGAGAAUAUUGAGUCUUUGAAACUUGAACUUGGAAAGGCCAAAGAUGCGGAGCUCAAACUGGCAAAGAAUGCGAAAACCUCCGAGGUUCACACACAGACUUUGCUGUCUCAAGGCGCUGAAAGAAUUCGUGAAUUGGAGCUCAAAGCAGAUAAUGCAAAAACCUCCGAGGCUCAGACAAAGGCCUUGUUAGCUGAAAGUAAAAAAAGAAUUCGGGAAUUGGAGGUCAAACUGGCAGAGAAUUUGAAGUCCUCUGAGGCAGAGGCUCACACAAAGGCUUUGUUGUUUGCAAGCGAAAAAAAAGUUAGGGAUUUGGAGCUCAAACUGGCAGAGAAGGUGGAAACCUCCGAGCCUCACACCAAGGCUUUAUUGUCUGAAAGGGAAGGAAGAAUUCAGGAAUUGGAGCUCAAACUGGCAGAGAAGGUGGAAACCUCAGAGUCUCACACCAAGGCUUUAUUGUCUGAAAGGGAAGGAAGAAUUCAGGAAUUGGAGCUCAAACUGGCAGAGAAGGUGGAAACCUCAGAGGCUCGCAUGAAGGCUUUAUUGUCUGAAAGGGAAGUAAGAAUUCAGGAAUUGGAGCUCAAACUGGCAGAGGUUAUGAAGUCCUCUGAGGCAGAGGCUCACACAAAGACUUUAUUGUCUGAGAGUGAAGGAAGAAUUCAGGAAUUGGAGCAUAAACUGGCAGAGAAUGUGAAAACCUCUGACGCUCACACCAAAGCUUUAUUGUCCGAAGGGGAAGGAAUAAUUCGGGAAUUGGAGCUCAAACUGGCAGAGAAUGUGGAAACCUCUGAGGCUGACACGAAGGCUUUAUUGUCUGAAAAUGACGAGAGAAUUCGGGAGUUGGAGAUGGAAAUAGAGAAGAGAAAGCAAUCAGAAGCAAGAAUUCUUGAUUCAUUGAUCACCCAGACAAACCAACUUCAACAAACCAAGGUUUUGCUUGAAGAGGCAAAGUUUGAGAUUGCUUCGAUUCAAAACAAAUUGGAGAAAGGGGAAGAUGAAUGUGCUCAAAAUAGUCAAGAGCGUAGUAUGUCUCAUUAUCAUGAUCACCUCGAAAAUAAUCUUUACAAGAAGGAGGAAUUAGAGAGUCUAAAGUCUGAGAUUCAGCUAACAAAGGAGAGUCUGGUUGAUGCCCUAAAGAAGGAGCAACUUGCUUCAUCCAAGGCUCAGAAAUUACUUGAGGAGAUGGGAGUGCUUAAACGUGAACUGAAGUUGACAGCAGAAGCUGAAGAAAACGGAAAGAAGGCAAUGGAUGACUUGGCUUUUGCACUGAAAGAAGUUGCAACAGAAGCCAACCAGUUGAAAGAUAAACUCUGCGUGACCCAAGCAGAGUUAGAGCACUCAAGAUCACAAGAAGAAUGCUUGAAUUCAAUGUUAAAGAGCAGUGAGGAAAGUUAUAAAGCACUAUUGGAUGAAGCAAAGAAAGAAGCUGAGAGGUACAAAAAUACUUCUGCCAGGUUGAAAAUAGAACACGAGGAGUCAGUUUUGGCAUGGAGUGGGAAAGAAACUGGUUUUGUUGAUUGCAUUAGAAGAGCUGAAGAAGAUAGAUAUGCUGCACAGCAAGAGAACUUUAGAUUGCAUGAGUUGCUUCUGGAGACGGAUAACAGGGCCAUGGUAUCAAAGGAAGAAAAUAGCAAGUUGCGAGACAUACUUAAACAGGCCUUAAAUGAAGCAAAUGUUGCAAAAGGAGCUACAGCCAUUGCUCAAGCUGAAAAUUCUCAGCUGAAAGAUACCCUGACUCAAAAGGAGGAUGCCUUGAAUUUCCUUGCCCGUGAAAACGAAAAUUAUAGGGUAAAUGAAAUUGCAGCUCAUGAAAACAUUAAGGAGUUAAAGCGGUUGCUCAUUGAAUCGUCGAAGAAGGAGGAGAAAGAGAAAUCGCCAUCAAAGGAAAAGGAUGGUAAGAAAGAGGAGAAAGAGAAAACAGCAUCGAAGGAAAAGGAGGGUAAGAAAGAGGAGAAGGAGAAAACACCAUCAAAGGAUAAGGAGUUGAAAAAGGAGGCUAAGGAGAAACUAUCUUCAAAGGAAGUGAAGAAGGAGGUCAAGGAGAAAAAACCACCGAAGGAGUUAAAAAAGGAGGAUGCUGGUAAAGAGAAACCACCAUUGUCAGGGGACGCCAAAAAGGAAGAUAAAGAGAAAACAUCAUCAAAGGAUGAUAAGGAGGCUACAGCAUCUCAAAAUGGAGGCUUAUUUGGCAAAGUUUUUAGUUUCAAUCUCAAGGAGCUCAAAAUUUCAAACAUGCACGAGGAAGUUGAUGAUGAUGAUCAUGAGAUUGAAAUAGAUGAGGCUCUCAAAGGCUCGAUAUUCGAGGUAGAUUCGCCAGGCUCAGCUACACAUCACCGGAGAAAUUCUUCUUUUACAUUCACAGAUGAUGGAGAAACACUCCAUUCAGAUGAUUAUGAUCAUCUAGAUGGGACUCAAGCUGAAAACUCAAGGAAGAAGAAAGCGUUGCUGCGAAGAUUUGGAGAUCUUAUAAAGAGAAGUACUACUUAUACCAAAAAGGAACCAUCACCAUCACCAGAUACCAAAAAGGAACCAUCACCAUCACAGGAUGCCAAAGAGGAAACGUCGCCGACGAAAAGGGAAGCUUCACCGGAAUAG